UGCAUAUCUCCUGCCGUAUCUGUGUGUGUCUGUCACUGUGACUGUAGUCCAAGCCUAUAGUUUGAAAUAGAUAUGGAAGGAGACGGGAGUCAAGCCACAUCCGGAAGCCUAAAUGAUUCACAACAUGACCCGGGUAAAAUGUUUAUCGGUGGCCUCAGCUGGCAAACCUCACCAGACAGCCUUAGAGACUAUUUUAGUAAAUUCGGAGAAAUAAGAGAAUGUAUGGUGAUGAGAGACCCCACGACAAAACGCUCAAGAGGAUUUGGGUUUGUUACGUUUACAGAUGCUGCCAGUGUAGAUAAAGUCUUAGCUCAACAACACCAUGAAUUAGACUCAAAGACGAUUGAUCCUAAGGUUGCCUUUCCCCGUCGCGCCCAGCCUAAGAUGGUCACAAGAACAAAGAAAAUAUUUGUGGGUGGCUUGUCAGCCAAUACAGUAGUGGAGGAUGUGAAGCAGUAUUUUGAACAGUUUGGGAAGGUUGAUGAUGCCAUGCUUAUGUUUGAUAAGACUACUAACAGACAUAGAGGAUUUGGUUUCAUAACUUUUGAGAGUGAAGACAUCGUAGAGAAAGUCUGUGAAAUUCAUUUUCAUGAAAUCAAUAACAAAAUGGUAGAAUGUAAGAAGGCCCAGCCCAAGGAGGUGAUGUUCCCACCAGGUACACGAGGGCGAGCCAGGGGUCUGCCCUACACCAUGGAUGCCUUCAUGCUGGGGAUGGGCAUGCUGAGUUACCCUAAUAUUGUGGCAACAUAUGGCCGCGGAUACACUGGAUUCGCACCCAGCUACAGCUACCAGUUCCCUGGCUUCCCAGCGACAGCAUACGGACCGGUGGCGGCGGCGGCGGUAGCAGCAGCGCGUGGCUCAGGUAGGGGGGCCCGUGGAAGAGGCGGCUACUUGGCGUACCCACAGAGCACAGGGCCAGGCCUCCCCGAUUAUGGGUUUUACUCUGCGCCCAGUGACCAGAGGGGGGGGCCCUGCUCCUUUGCUGACUAUGGCUCCCUGGGGCCCCAAGCGGCUCAGAUGCUGCACAGUGAGCAUGCCACCUCCGCCUGCAACUCCCCCCUCCAGCACCUACACAGCCCGGAUCAAUUUAAGAACCCAGGCACCAACCCGUCAAGGCCCGGAGGUUUCCCUGGUGCUAACAGUCCAGGGCCUGUGGCUGACCUGUACGGACCCAGCAGCCAGGAUUCGGCUGUGGGCAACUACAUCAGUGCUGCUAGCCCUCAGCCUGGCUCUGGGUUUGGCCCCAGCAUCACAGGCCCGUUGAUUGCGACAGCUUUUACAAAUGGAUACCAUUGAACAGGUGGCCGGUUGCCAUCUCAUCAGAGCAGAGUAUAUCUGGUGGCCCAGGAAAGACAGGACGGAGUUUCUAAUUGGCUUUGUGUGCAGGUGAUGCUAUCCAACUUCAAGCACUACAGCGUCACCCAGGCAAAAAGAGAGAAAGUCGGCACCAUAUGAAGAAGAAAAGAAAACGUUAGUCAUCUCAGAAAAAUAACUGCUGUACUAUAAUCCAAACCUCCUAUAACUUUACAACCUGGUUUGGUCUGAUGUUUCACGUCGAUUUCAUUCACCUGUUUCCUUUCCUCUGUUGGCUUCUGUUUGGGUUAGGUUUUAGCGAGUCGUUUUAGUUUCGACCUUAAUUUUGUGUCAUUUUAUUUUAUCUUCUAGUAUAUUUGUGUAAAUGGAUUUUGUUUUGAAGUACGGGGGAGGGGGAGGGGGGGUCAUAGCCAAGAAUCUCUGCAAGUCAUGUCUUCAUCUUUGUAUCGGUUAGUGUAAAGGAGAAGUGAUUGGAUGUUCCAGUCUUUCCGCGAAAAAAGAAGCUCGGCGUGGAGAGACUCAGAGGGGAAAAAAAAUCAAUUUUAAGGAAAAUUUAAAGAGGGUAUCUAAGUAAUAAAUCUUAGUAGCUGUUUUAUUUCUUGUGAUGUCUCAUUGUUAACCAUAAUUACCUAUUUUUGGGCAAUACAAAGAGGACUCCAAUAUUUUUAUGGUCCUUUUUUAUAAGUGUUGUUUUUGUUGUUUAGAAAUAUAUAUAUAUGCUAUAACAAAUUUCAUAUAACUACAUUGUGAAUUCAAACUUGAGAAAAAGAAAUGUAGCUGUACAUAUUAUUCCAGUCACUGCAUAUAACCAACUCAGUGAGAGAAUAGCAUAUUUUUGUGAUGGUGUGUCAAAAGAACAUGUUAUAGCGUGUGAAUAGAAGAAAAAGCUGUAAACAGUUAUUAUUAUACUUUUUUCUGCUGGAAGACGGUAUAAUGACCCCAGAGACAAACAGAACACACUUGCUCUGUAAAUACCGAAGCUGAAUAAUUUUACAAGUGUCAUACCAGCAAAUUUACAAACGGUGAGUUAAGUCAACACAGUUUUAAGGAAUAAAAAAAAGAAAAAAGAAGAAAAAAAAGAGCCUGAUUGGUAUCUUUUGUCUAACUGUUAAGAUAUCGGUAUCAUUUCGAAGAGAAAGAGAGAGAGACAGAAAAAAAAAAGAUGAUUUAAUCCAAAGCACACUGUACUUAGAUGUGAAGAUUAGAACUUGAACCAGGCAUUUUACAGUGCUCUGUGCAUCCUGACACUUUUAUACUCUUGAGAGGAACUUGUUAGUUGUAUGUUACUGUUUGUUUCAUCCUGCUCGUUCCUGAUUCAUUUUUGGAACACGAAUAUCUGGGCUCUGUGCUCGAGCCUUUAUGUAACGCUUGUUCUCUGAAUCAGUUCUUUUUGAAUGAAUUAGGAAAGUAAACAUUUUGAUACCAUACCUCAGCCUUUGUGAGUUCUAUUGUGGAGUCAUUGGCAGGUUUAAUUUAUUCUAGGGGCAAAAUAACUGAAAACACUGAAAGGUAAUAAAGCGAGUAAUCAUUGCACUGUGAGUAGUGAAGUACAGGCCAUUUUCCUAUUUGCACAUGUAUAUGUUGGCUUUUUAAAAACGGCCCUGUGCUUUGGGAUAGUAUGAAGGAUCUUUGGGUUAAUGUGUUCUCGACUAGACGAGCGCUUCGCAGUUCGAGGCGAGUUAACAGCUUGGGAAAUAGUAACUGAUAUGUUGCAGUGUACACUUGGAUUUCUUUCCUAGACCCAUGUCUCAUCUAAAGGUAUUUAUACAGGGUCAAAAGAUGACACUGAAUUAUUCACUAUCUGUCGCUGCACCAGGUUUUACACAGUGUGUGUGCUCGAUGAUUUUCCUCAUGACAAAACAUUUAACAAUAAUAUGCUCCAGAGUGCAGUCCGCUUUUUAAAGUCACUGAUGGAAUGAAUGGUUUUACUUGUAUACCUUACCUGCUGCAGGUGUACUUUUUGUUGUUUUCAUUUUACCCACUUUCUUGUCUCAUUUCUUUGAUUUCAAAACAACCAGGUAAAGAAAUAUGCUGGAUACUUCUAAAGUAAAUGAUACGAAGGUGUGAUCAAGUAAUAAUUUAAAGAGUAAAGAAAAAAAAACCCUUGUAAUGUUCAAAUGUAAAAGAAAAUAAGAAAUACAAAACUAUAAAAAAAAAGAAAGAUGCUUCUUUGCUGAUUUCAAGUUUAAUCAGAGUUUUAUUGAUACUUUGUGGUUUAUAUAUUAAUAAUUGUAAUAUACUAUUAAAAUGUACUGUGCAUCCAUUGCUUUCUCUCUUUCCAUUCCCCAUCCUCAGAGAUCCUACUUCUUUUGUUGAUCAUUCAUGUAUUUCAUUAGUGUGUAAAGAAAUCACAGUUAACUUGUAAACAGAGUGCUGUCUUUGAUACCAGUGUAGUGGUCUUUGUUGUUCUCCCUUGCUCUACCUCUCCUUUCUCUCUCAUAUUUAUCCCUCUCCCUCUCGCGCUCUUUUUCUAUCUCCUGUAAUUACAAAGUAGAUGUUAUAUAGGACUCAUUAAUAUACUACUUGUAGUGAAUAGUGGAUUUAGGACCAGUCAAGAUAGACCUUUCUCUAAAUGAUCAUGUUAUUCUGAUAUUUGCAGACAAUUAUUUUGAUAGAGGUUCAUUGUAAUUUAUUCCCUGUAUGUUUUCUUUUUGGUUUGGUUUUGCCACUCUCACAUGGUUUCAGCUAACCAAAGCUCUCAUGGAUGAACAAUAGAGAAACCGUUGCUGUAAGAUGGAAUUGUUCACAAGGCAUUAUUUCGAUCCCCACCCUUGAAUGUUUUAAAAGGGGUGUGCCAUACUACCUUAAAUGCUAACGCUAGAUAUGCAAAACCUUUGUUUUUGAUUAUUUUUUAAGAGGGGACACAAGCUAUAAUCAUGGAAAAAGAUUUUAUGUAAAAGAUAUUUCAUAUUUUUUUAAGAAACAUACCAAUGAUUACCACAAUAGUCAUAAUAUCAGUCAUAGUGCUGUUGAAAUAACCUGUUAUAUCUUUUACUGUUUGUACACUUUGGAAAUUUCCCAGGUGCCUCUGGCACAGUUAUUUUUAGAUGAUACUGUUUCUGAUCUCUUAUCUCUCUCAAAUCUUUGAUCAAUAAUUUUAAUAACUUUAAUCUUAGAUUCUAGAUUUUCUUUUAAUCCGUUAUCAGUGUUAUUGACACAUAUUGGCAUUAUAGAGGCAUCACUGUAGAAAAAAAGACCUACUGCAGAAGACUCCAUUAAAGGGAAAUGUCAACACGUUUUAUGUGGCGUCAGCGCGGAUGGUAAAUGUGGCCCGUUGAGACAAUAAAUUCCUCAGUGUGUGUGAUAUUGACUGAGAAAGCUGAGUUCUCCUGCUUGUGGAGCCAUUAAAGCAGUGACUACAUGUACCAGCAUGCACUGCGUGCGAGCUUCUGAUGCCCACGCCCACGUUGCCGUGUAUCGCCGCCCUAGCCAAGGGCCAAAACAUAGCGCUGGUGACAACAACAUGCCACCUGCCCUCUUGGCCUUCCUGGUCCUGGUUGUCUCUCCCAGUUUGUCUUGUGGUGUCCCAGCGUCCAGCACACCUCCGUCCAUGUGACGAGUAGAACUUUUAUGUCCAGUAACGCGCACACAGGCUCUCUCGUGGUCUGCUGUGGUGGCACCCAGCAAAAACUGGACACUGAAAUUGGUUGCAGCAGAAUGAUUCAGUUUCUGUUGGCAUAAGCCGCUGUUUGCUCUCGGCAGCUCAGGUCCUGGAUGCUCCCCGCCGGCCGUAUCCUCCUGCACGGCUGAUGCAGCCUCAGCCUCUCUGCUGCAUGUCUUCGGCCCUGUGCUCUGGCUCAAAUAAAUCCGACUGAAUGUCCGACUCAGCCAAAACACUGGAACACAAAUAUCCUGCACUCAUAUUUAAGGAUGCCAUUUUCACCGUUGGAAACAUAGCUAGUUUUCAAUACAAGCAAUGAGAGUAGUUUUGGCUUUGAGUGGCAGCACGAGACUUGAAAGAGGUGUAGACUUGAAAUCCAAGCUGUAGUUUCUCACUGUACACAGAUGAUGGCGCUGGUGCCAGAAAAAGAGAUUUUGCAGCAGUGGUACUCAGUUUUCUCGGUCAAUAUCGCACACAUUGAGGAAAUUGUUGCUUCAAUCGACUGCAUUUACCACCAACACUGACUGGACAUCCACCUAAAAUGUAAUGAAGUCUCCCUUUAAACAGACAAGGUAUUGAAGGAUGAGGUGUGUCGAGGCUGAUUAUUCGAUGGUUAAAUUCAGGUCGUGACGUUGGACCAGCACCCGAAAGCUGUGAUUCAUUGCUAAGCUAAAUGAGAGCAGAUGAUAUAAAAACUUGAAUUUAAAAGCUCACCAUGUCAAAGCAUGUCCGCUAUUCAGACCUGCUGGAUUUACACAGACAGCUGUGUUUCAAGCAAAAAAACAAGCCUAUUAUAAACAAGCCAAUUUAAUUUAGGAGCUCAAGCUGUGUGCACACUCCAGCCACAGAUUGAGUUAGUUCUUUAGUAUAAUUUCAAUAAAACAUAAUUUAGGUUUUAUAUCAUUUUGCUCAUUUGUUUCACAUCAUGGGGUCUUAACCCUUGAAUACCAUCACAUUAAUGAAUAGCAUUAGUGUCCUGACGUCCUGUAUAGACUGUCAAACUACAUAUAGUACUAUAUAUAGUAUGUACAGUAAUGGCAGCUUUGUUAAUGACGCUCACAGACAAAUUAUUCCAGUGAAUCCAGCAAGCACACAGGACAUUGUGUUGCUUAACAAGUCAAAUUAUAUUACACUUAAAUGUAAAACGAUAAAAGUAAUUGAUUCAGAAGCAGAACUUUAGAAAAAGCUGAAAAUCAUUUAUUUAAAAAAAGAGUAUUAAAGCCUUUGUUCACCUCAUUUGCACAUUUUAAUAUAAAAAGUAUCUCAACAGUGUAGAAACAUCUAAAGUAGUCAUUUGAGUGUACCACCUUAUGUGUACUAGUUUAAGUUUGACUCUGACAGGAUAGAAGAAAGUGUUCCUCCCGUUCAUUUGCAGCAUCGUCCCUUGAAUUUAUCUGAAUAUCUGAUAUGGAAUAACCAACCGCAACUCCAAACGCCUACAAACCGCCACACGAAACUCGUUGAUUCCUAUUUUGCCGCCGUUCCAUCUGAAAAACCAGUAACAGUGCAACAAGUCUAAAAUCUCUUGGUUUGUUUGUUUCACUGUUGCAGCACCUGGUGGCUCUCAGACCGUAAUUAAACGGACACAAUUAAACUCCAAAUGGCUCAUUUUCCCUGAGCUCAUACAAGAAUUGACUCUUCUAUUGUUUUGUGAUCCUGUAGCUUGGACUUUAAGGUAGCAUGGCUCUGUUGCUGUAAUUUCAUUUUAUCUCAAACUGACAGCAGUUUACAGCUGAUGAAUGUUACACAUCUUAGUAGACUAGCUUAUCCAUUUGGGGAGAGGGGAGGGGUCUUGGUUUAAGAAAAAAAAAUAAUCAAAAAAGAAAAAAAGUCAACCUGGAAGGUGUUGACAUUUGUAGUGUACUACCGUAUCCAUUUAAACUUGAAUCUUGAGGCAAGUGCUAGGCAAUGGCCAAACAAUUUACCCCAUCCGCUGUGGGAAAAGCCCACCCCGAAACCACGCGCGCUUGUGCGAUUUCUGUCGCCUGGGAUUCAAAUCUGUUCUCUGGAUAUGAACAACUGUCUCCCGAAAGCUGGGACAUCAGACGUGGACUGUUUCAGCCUCUGCUCCAUUUCCAAUUAAUUAGGCCGACUUUGAAGGCUCAUUGAACGUUCUUGAGCAUUUAUACCCAAAAGAGGCUUAUUCAUAGUGGUGCUAAUGGUUUUAAACCAGACGAUGUGCCCUUAUCUCUGAGAGAUACUGGAUACUGUCACAGUGACCACAAAGUGACUCUCACUAACGCCACCACUCACAGCGUCCGCCCUAACACAGAUCACUUCCUGUUCGCAGAUCUAGACUUGGACCCUUCAAGGUGACAGAAAUGGCACAAGUUCAGCUGAACUGUUGUGUUUUAGGGUGAAUUUCCCCCUCAGUCCAAACCAUUGCCAUCCCACCCAUGCUCAUUAUUAAAUAUAUACAUACAGUUGCAAUAUAUAUGUGUAUCGAUGAGUAUAUACUUGCAAUUUCCACUCAUUUGAACUGAACAAUGUUAGACUGGAGACCUCAGCUGUAUACAGAAUAUUCCUCACGCAGCUUGCACCCAGGUUCAUAUAGCCGAACCGUCAUUAUUAGCUUAUGUUCACCAACACGAGAGUUCACCCCUGGCGUGUUGUCGAGUUCGGAGCAGACCGCAUGGCCUAGAGGGGAGCCUGGAAGCUCUUCAGACCGCAUGGACGGCAGUGUGAGGCUCUGCUGUGCUUCCAUGUUUCUGCAGGCUGAGCACAGAGCUCUCUUCACUGCUGUCUGCCCAUUCCUAACACUUGCCCCUUUUUUUUAUGUUAACCGACUUUUUAUGGCGAGAGACAGACAGACUUGACUGACAUCUGAAAGCAUCUUUCAGGUUAUCAUAUGGCUUGCUUAAGCCCUGUUGUAAAAUAUACUAAAAAAUAAUAAUAAUAAUAAUAAUGAUAAUAAUAAUAAUAAUGGAUGGGGGUCUCUCACAUAUCAAAUGUGGAAAGUCUAAUUUUAUAUUUGUAUUUUCAAAUAAUAAUAUUGACAAAAAAUGUCUGUGAAAGGUUUCCAUCCUCUACUGUGGUCCAGAAAUUGAUGUGUCUGUCUGGAAAAUAAAUAAAAUAAACUGAA